AUGAGUGGAGUCCAUCUGAGCCAUUGUAAGAACCCAAAGGAACCGGUGCCAUGGAAGGAAGUGAUACUGAGGCAAGAUGAGCUCAUCCCCCCUCCAUAUCUACCAGAGGGGAAGAAACUCCGGGAGCCAUCCAGGAUGACAUGGCAUGAGGAAACCGAGCUCUUGCAGUUCUGGUGGUGGAGCAAAGUCAAGAAGGAAGUCAGACCCCCCGUGAUAUGGAACUGCAAAGGGGAAGUUGACACCGAAAUGACCGAACUGGAAGCAGUGGGCACACAAGUGAAAAGCAGGGCUCAGAGGACAUCUCAGAAAACGUCAACCAAACAGGCAACUGUUCAUUUGGAUGGCUCCGAAGACACAGAUAACCAAAUGCAGGAGGAAAAAAUCAAUGCUGACAAGCGGCUAGUGGGACGGACCAGGCUGAGAAGAAAAGUCCAGGUAUCAAUGGCCAUACCGGAAUCAGAUCAUGCCGAAGAGACAUAUUCUGAUGCAAUCCAGAUGCCUAGGAAACAUGAAGCCCGGAUCAAUAAGCUAGGAAGGACAUCUGGCAAGGGAGUUGCACACCUACCACCAAACAAUAUACCAGCAGAAGACUCUGAACAGGGUGCAGAUGAUAAACAUGAGGAAACAUGCCAGAUACAGCAACCACAACCUCAUCAAGAAGUCGCCAUUUGGAGCAAAACCAAGCCUACACCAGCCAAGCAGUCGGAUCCAGAGCCAUCUGCCUUUCGAUACCUGGAACCUCCUGUCGAUAAUCCCAGGAGGGUGGGACUGGCAUCGCAUCCCACUGGUCAGUUAAGGACCACACAGAGUGGACGUUCAAAUGCAGCCAAGAAACCUGUCACAAAGAAGUAUGUGCAGAAUAAGAGCAGUAAGAUUGCACCUAGAGGAAAGAAAUGUCCUGCAGAGGAUCAAUUGCAGGACUCUCCAGCCAAAUGGACAAGGAGUCAAACAGUCAAUAUACCCACAAAGAGAUUGAAGAAACCAAACUCCCGAUAUGCAACCAACUUUGUUAGGGGUUAA